AUGCCAAACUCUGAUAUUGGAAGUGCAGAUCAUCUUGUAGAAGAAAAGAAAGUUGAAUCCAUAAAUAUUGCACAUCAAGAGAAUCAAAGUACUCAAGUUUCAACAAAGGGGUGUGAGCUUGAAAAUGCCAAGGCCCAAAUGGGUGAGAUAAGACGAGAAAACCAAAGGCUAAAAAUGGUGUUACAACACGUUAACAAGGAUUACCAGUCUCUCCAGUUGCGCUUCUUCGACAUCGUCAAACAAGAAGACCCCAGGAAAUUGUUAACCACAGAUAAUUCAUCCUCCACAAUUAAGCAUGAUCAAACCGAAGAAGAAGAAGCCGAGCUCGUGUCGCUUUCCCUCGGAAGAAGUCCAAGAUCAGAGGCUAAAAAUGUUCAUAUUGUUCAAGAUCACGCUUAUAAAAACUUGAUCAGGGGAUCAAAUAUAAGAGAUGAACAUCAUGAUCAAGAUCAUCAUGAUGACUUGAAGGCCAAUCUUACGCUUGGAUUAGGCUCCGAAAUGCAGUUGUCUACUGAGCUUGUGACUUUUCCUAGUCCAGAGAAUAGUAUUUCAGAAGAGGCUAAGGAAUUAGCAGAACCGCAUGUAAGUAAUGGAGAUCAUGAUAAAAGUCAAAAGACGAGAAAUGGCGAUGAUCAUGAAGUUUCACAUGAGCAGCCUCCUGCUAAAAGAGCUCGAGUUUCUGUUAGAGCCAGAUGUGAUACUCCAACGAUGAAUGAUGGAUGUCAAUGGAGGAAAUAUGGACAGAAAAUUGCAAAAGGAAAUCCAUGUCCACGAGCAUAUUAUCGCUGCACGGUUGCACCAUCCUGCCCAGUAAGAAAACAGGUGCAAAGAUGUGCCGAGGACAUGUCCAUCCUAACCACAACCUAUGAAGGAACUCACAACCACCCACUUCCGGUUACCGCCACCUUCAUGGCUUCCACCACUUCGGCCGCAGCUUCCAUGUUAUUAUCUGGCUCUUCAACAUCUUCUGAUCAUCCGACCAAUGUUGGUCUAAAUACAGCCAGUCCCAAAAGUGCACCUUCUAUGCUAAAUGGACUAAAUUUUGGUCACUUUGACACUAUGAGAACGGGGCAGUUUUACUUGCCUAAUAGUACUAAUUCAUCCUCUCCUUUGCUCCCAACAAUCACUCUAGACCUCACAUCCUCUCCAAUUUCAUCAUCAUCAUCAUCAUCACCAUCACUUUUCAAUAGAUCAUCACUACCUUCAAGCCUAGCUAGAAUUCCUUUGUCGGGUCUAAGUUUCGGUAAUUACUCGGAACCAAACAUUUUGCCAACACUUUGGGGCAAUGGAUCCAACCUUGGUUAUGGCAACGCAAUGUUAAUGCCCUAUGAAAAUGCCCUGCAGAUUGGCUCCUCCUUAAACAUUGGAAAACAAGCUAAUCCUCUUCAUGAGUCUUUGACAGAGACGUUGACCAAGGCGAUCACGUCGGAUCCCAGCGCUUUCAAGUCCGUGAUUGCGGCUGCAAUUUCGUCCAUGGUUGGAGGCGGGGAAACCCUUCAUGGGAAGCAGGAUGGAGUGGAGAGAUUAGGUCAAGGUUUGACUUUGGGUGACCAGAAUGAGAAAGGAUUGGCAUCAAGCUACUUCAACAGACUGUCAUCUUCCAACUUUUAAGCAUAAAGCUUGAUGCUUCUCCAUGGCUAUUUCUUUAUGAGUUCAGAUAUUAUUAUAUAAAAUAUUGUUUGCCAUAUUAGAUAAAUACACAUGUGAUAGCGUGCCAGUACUGUUUCAUACAUGGA